AUGUCUCGUCUACCGCUUGUUUUAUCCCUAGUGUACUUUCUUGCAGUAUAUGUUCGUAGUGAAAUGUACGAACAACCGCCUCCCAAUCUGCCAUUGGAUGACCCAAGUCCUGACGUACCCGAUAACGACGAUGUUUACGAAGUGGAUGGUGGAAUCGAUAAGCGUAGCGCAAUUAAAAUGGAUAACCGACGACUAAAUCUUACGGUCGGAAAAGAAUAUAUGGUGGCUUUCGUACGCAGUACCACCGCUAAUUACGUAUCCCUGUUUUACCUUCCUGCAGUACAUGUUCGUAGAAAAUUGUACGAGAAACCGCCUCCCAACCUGCCCAAGGAUGACCUAAGUCCCGAUGUACCUGAUAAUGACGACAUUUACAAUGUGGACGGUGAAAUCGAUAAGCGUAGUACAGGUUUCGAUUAUGCUGAUGCUCUGUCGGCGUCAGUGGAGUUCUUCGAAGCCCAGCGUUCAGGGCCAGUGCCCGAAAACGGACGAGUGCAAUGGCGUAAACCAGAUGUUGCACAGUAUGACAAGGGUGUGAACGGAGAAGACCUUAGCGGGGGCAUGUAUGAUGCUGGUGAUCACAUCAAGUUCAACCUUCCAAUGGCCUGGACUACAACUAUGCUCGCAUGGAGUUACAUCGAAUUUGAAGAUGCGUAUAUUGAUGCAGGGGAAGACAAAAACACCAGGGACCUUUUAAAAUGGAAUUGUGACUAUUUCAUAAAGUGUCAUCCCAGUCCUGAUGUGUUUUAUUAUCAGGUCGGCAAUCCUAGUAUUGAUCACAGUCAAUGGAAUCGACCAGAAAACAUUUCAUCAACACGACCAUCAUACCGAAUAGAGGACUCUGGUGCUGACGUUGCAGGUGAAACAGCAGCUGCUUUGGCUGGAUGCGCCAAAGUUUUCGAACAUUUCGAUACAAACUACGCGUCAGAGUGUGAACAUAAAGCAAAGUCUCUCUUCAUGUUUACACUAAACCAUCCAGGACUGUAUCCCCCAACUAUAUAUUACAAAUCAAACGGGGCCUGGGACGAGGUUGCAUGGGCCGCCAUCUGGUUAUACUGGUUGACCGGCGACGAGUGUUACCGACAAGAGGCAGUUAGCUUAUACGACUCGAAAAAACUGCACGGGAAGUCUUACGCAUACGGAUGGAACGACAAGCGAGAGGGACUCAAGCUUCUAAUGGGCCACAUUCACAAAGAUAUUGAUAAAGACCUUAAAAAGAAAUACUGGGGCCAUUUCAAAACAUACAUGAAUGGUUGGCUGCCGGGUGGAACUGUGACUUACACGCCUAAAGGUCUUGCAUGCAGGGAUGCAUGGGGUUCUCUGCGAUGGGCUGCCUACAACACGUUAAGACGAGAGUUAAUCCCCGUACAUUAUUCUUUCCAACCAACUGUUGAUAAAUUUGAAAUGCUUGUACGAUACAAUAAUAUUCUACGAUAUUCUACGAAAUAUUUCUCCUGUCCCGUGAUCACCGAGAGAUGCACUAACUCCAACAGUUUCAACUAUGAUGGUCCGAAUCAUCACCUACUGCGCGGGGCUAUGGUAGGAGGUCCAAACUGUUCAGAUGGUUGGAAGGACAACCGCAAAGACUACGUUAAGAAUGAGGUGGCGUGUGACUACAACGCAGGUUUCCAAACCCUCGUAGCAGGUACUUAUAUAUAG